AUGUCCGACACUAUUCAAGAACUCGCCGAUAUCCCUCGCGACUUCCUUCGGGAUGGCAUGCUGUUCGUGCGCAGAUGCACCAAGCCCGACAAGCGUGAAUUCAUCAAGAUCAGCCAGGCUGUAGGCAUGGGCUUCAUCAUCAUGGAGAUGCUUACUCUUAGCAUAGCCAUCGGGUACUUCAUCAAGUUAAUACACAUCCCCGUCAACAACAUCCUCGUCGGUGGCGCUUAA